UACCAACCUUUCUUCUUCUCAUAUCAAAGUUUCUCUCUCAUUUCUUCAUCACUGCCCUGUUUUCUUUCCUCAUUUUGAAUAGUUCUCAAACUUUAUUUCCCCCUGAAGAUCUUUACAUAAAUCACAAAACAUUUACAUAACAAGAAACUGUCAAAUUUAUUAUACUAUUGGUGUAAACAAUGGUUGCAUCAGCAUCACAGAGUAAGUCAGUGGAGGAAUAUUACAGCCGCCAAGCGGAGAAAAUGACACAACUACCCAACUCAGCUUCUGACUUAGUGGUUGACUCAAGCAAGGCAGAGCAAAACGAGAACUCAAAGAAGACAAAACGUGUUAAAGACUCCGGUAAGCACCCGGUUUAUCGCGGUGUAAGGAUGAGGAACUGGGGCAAAUGGGUGUCGGAGAUUCGUGAGCCGAGGAAGAAGUCACGUAUAUGGCUCGGAACUUUCCCCACGCCUGAAAUGGCGGCGCGUGCACACGACGUUGCAGCUUUGAGCAUUAAAGGGACCUCAGCUAUACUAAACUUCCCUGAGCUAGCUGACUCGUUUCCUAGACCUGUCUCGCUAAACCCUCGAGACAUUCAGACAGCAGCUCUAAAAGCAGCUCACAUGGAGCCAACAACAACGUCGUGUACGUCUUCUUCAUUGUCUUCUACUUCUUCACUUGAGUCUCUAGUGAUGGUGAUGGACCUCUCGAAUACUGAGUCGGAGGAGCUCGAUGAGAUCGUGGAGCUGCCAAGUCUCGACGUCCACUCGGCUAGCUUUGGGAACGAGUUCGUGUUCUCUGACUCAGUGGACUAUUGUUUGUAUCCUCCACCGUGGGGGCAGUGGUCGGAAGAUAGUUACGGAAUUAGCCCUAGUUUCAACAACGACUUGUCAUGGGAUCUCUAAAGACGUUUUUAAUCAGUUGAUUUUUGUUAUCAUCAUUAUAAGUAAUGUAGUGUUUAAUUAUUUAAUACCGUGUUUAUGAACCCUUGUUGUGUUAUAGCUAAGAAAGGGUUUGUUUUACUUUGGUGCGUGUGUGAGCUCCAUAAUGAAUUCGUGUAUAAAACUCAGUUUGUGUUUUUUUUUUUAAAAUAUAGAAAUUUCGGUUUGGUUUGUCGGAAAAGAAGAGG